AUGAGCCUCUGGAGGAACUGGAUGCUCCUCACCUGGGUGCUGCUUCCAGGUAAGGAAAAGAGAAAGAUGGUAGUGAGGGCACAAGUACUGAAUUACAAAAAAAGACUUCAUAAAGGGAUGUGAGCUGUGUGUGGCAAGAGAGGGUAGGAUCAGAGGAAGGGAGGGCACGGCUUCUCUGCAGUUCCAGUCAAUGCACGCUCCCAUAGUUGAAGAAUGCUAUCCCCAGAUUCCUUAGGAAGAGAGUUUGCCCAUGUGUACAUAAUGUUCAAUGUUCCUGAAGAGCUACCCCACUGCUUACUGAUUUGCCCAAUCUAUGAGGACUUAAGAGCAGACUUGUUCCAAUAUUUAAACCUCUCAGUUGAGAGAUGGAUUUGGUACCUUUUUAUUAGGGCCCAUGCUUGCACAGAUGUGAACAGCGCUCACUUCCACAAUGGGCCCCUGACCCUAAAGUGUGCUACAGUGUUGGUGCAUUGUUUCCCAACCCCAGAUUGUUGCUGUAUAUGUACUUGGUUGGUCAGUGGCUAUUUCAUAUGGCUGUGGUUUGCCAUCAUGUUAUCCGUUCGGAGAGUCACUCCCUCCCCGCAUCCCUCCCAGAUCUGACCAUGCUUCAAAAGGGAGUUAGAAUUCAGUGGCAGGGUCUUUGAAGCUGAAAAAGCGGCUCUUGGUGCUGGGAAUGUGGUCUGUAUGGAUGCAGUAACCUAUGAAUCAACAAGCGACAUGGGGUGUGUGUAAUUUUAUAUUUUUCCAUGAUACUAGUUGGAGAGCUAAUACCUCACUCCAGGUUUAUUCUGCUUUUCAGGUUGCAUGUCUGAUCUGACUGGUCCUAAAGCACUGAGUGGAUUUUUGGGCAGGUCACUCUCUGUGAGAUGCAGAUAUGAUGCUGGGUUUAGGAAAUAUGUAAAAUAUUGGUGCAAAGGAAGUUCAUGGAGCAGUUGUGAAAUAGUUGUUCGGACAACAGGAUCUGAAGAAGAAAGGACAGCUAGCAGACUUUUUAUCAAGGAUAAUCAUUCUCGUUUGGAAUUCACAGUCAGACUGGAGAACCUCACACAGGAAGAUGCUGGGAUUUACUGGUGUGGCAUAGAAAGAGCUGGCUCUGAUUAUGGAUUCCCUGUAAAUAUUACUGUUCUCCCAGGUGAGUCCUGUUUCCAAGUUAUACAGGAAACUCAAAAGAAGGAAUAAAUGUGACCUUGUGCACAUUAACCCCAAAGGUGCUUACUGCUGGGUAAGUGUACACAGACUUGCAAAGAUAAUGUCACCCCCCCCCAGGAUGUCACCGGGGCAGACCACACACCGUGCACCCCCUUCCGACACCACUAAGCAUGCCAGAACUGCCCCCCUCCCAGGUCCAGGCAGGCACUGAGAGUAAGAGAACAGAAAGCUCAGAGGCAGAAAGCACAGAUCAGCCAACGUAGGGAUGACAUAAUAGGAGAGAUGGAGGAGAUGGGGCUUUACUCAGAGCAACGCCAUUAUCCAAGAGGUGGCAUUAUGCAUCUCUCUCUGUGAAUAUUGAAUAAAUUACCUUGGUAGGAACUUCUUGUUUUCCCCCACUUCUGGCUGCCAGCAGUGAGGGAGGGGGAUUAGGUUCCCUGUAGCCUGACAACAGCAGCAACAUGGUGUCAACCUGAUUGACUCCAAUGAAUGAUUCUCUUUCUUUCCCCCAGAGACAUGGCGACUGACUGGUCCAGUUGAAGUGCAUGGAUAUGAAGGGAAAUCUCUCUCUCUGCGCUGCCAUUAUCAACAAACCUUUGACAAUAACACUAAGAGCUGGUGCAAAAUGAAAGAAGGCGUAUUUUUUUCUUCAUGCGAAAGUUUAAUAUCAUCAGAUGGAAAGGUGAACAUGGGCAGAGUCUCCCUCAGAGAGAAUAAGAAAGGGCACUACUUUCAAGUGACCAUGGACAGUUUGAAUCUGGAUGAUUCCGGUGUUUAUCACUGCGUUAUAGAACGUCUCUUGCGCAAUAUCAGACACAGGGUGAACGUGACAGUUAUUCCAGGUAAAUGCUGCUCCUCCUUCUCCUCCUCCUCUCCUUGUUUGUAAUGAUAGAAAUGCAGGAAUGAGGAAAGAAAAAAAAUCUCCAGUACAUCAAUUGUCUUCACAGCAAUUGUGAAAUACAGGAUCUGAAGAAGAAAGGACUGCUAGCAGACUUUUUAUCAAGGAUAAUCAUUCUCAUUUGGAAUUCAGAGUCAGACUGGAGAACCUCACACAGCAAGAUGCUGGGAUUUAGUGGUGUGGUAUAGAAAGAACUGACUCUGAUGUUGGUUUCCCUGUAAAUAAUACUGUUCUCCCAGGUGAGUCCCGUUUCCAAGCACCACAGGAAACUCAAAAGACGGAAUAAAUGUGAUCUUAUGCACAUUAACCCCAAAGGUGCUUACUGCUGGGUAAGUGUGCACAGACUUGCAAAGAUAAGGAGAGUUCCUUCUUAUAUACUUUAAAUAUAUAUAUAGGAAGUGAAUACAGUAUUGUGAUAAUUUUUCUCUUUCCAAAAGGAUAUUAUAUUGCCCGUUAAGCAGGUAAAUAAUGGUAAAUGAAACAAGGCUUGUUUUAUGUUGCUGCAUGAUGCUGGUGUAAAAUUCACAUUAGGGAAAACUAUGCUUGCAGAAUUGUCUCCUGUCACCGAUUCCCCUGUCAGCAAGUUCAAAAUCCCAAGGGACAUAAUAAAAUAAUGGGCGGCUUCCAACAGGGUAUACAAAAACACAGCAGCAGCAGCAGAAUAGAAUAUCACACAUUAAGAGUACCCUGAUAUAGGUCUGCCUUCAGAUGUUUACGGAAGAUCAUAUAAUUAUUUAUCUCCUUGACAUCUUACUGGAGGGUGUUCCACAGGGUGGGUGCCACUACUGAGAAGGCUCUCUACCUGCUUCCCUGUAACUGAACGUCUCACAAUGAGGAAACCCCCAGAGGGCCCUUGAAUCUAGACCUCAGUGUUUGGGCUGAACAAUGGGGGCAGAAACACUCCUUCAGGUAUACUGGGCCAAAGUCAUUAAGGGCUUUAAGCCAACACUUUGAAUUGUGCUCAGAAACACACUGGGAGCCAAUAUAGGUCUUGUCGCGCAGUGAAGUCAAAACACAGGGUCAAAAUUCACAGUAAAAAAAACCUUUACUGAAGCAAACAGACUUCUUUACAAACACUAUACCAACAAUAAUGGAAGAGAGCAAAAUAAAAAGAAGUAAAGAGCACACUGAGCCCAUGUAUUUAUCCUUCCUGGCUCCGUGUUACUUCCUGUAAUUGAAACAAUAUUUGUAUAAGAAAUGAGUCAGCUAGAAGAAUGAAUCUUCACUUUUCAGCAUUUUCCAGCACUUUACUGCUUCUGUUCUCAAAGGCCUUUGUCACAUGACAGGUCUUUCAGGAUAGAUGUUAUACAGUAUAGUCCCAGCAGCUGCUCCCAGUUACCAGUCUGGCAGCCACAUUCUGCAUUAAUUGUAGCUUCUGAGUCACCUUGAGCGCAUUGCAGUGGUCCAAGCUGGAGAUAACCAAAGAAUGCACCACUCUGGCAAGACAGUCUGCAGGCAGGUAGGGUCUCAGGCUCGCUUUUAUGAGCCAGAAUAGGCAAGGGUCGAGGAGACAGGUUUCACUCAUCCAGGCACACUGUCUACCUCCUCAGAGGUAAUCGGGUUGAAAUUGAUCUUAUACAACUUGACUAGACAGAGCGCUGAAACUCUCCCACCCCAGCCCUGCUACCACAGUGGCGCCUGCCUCUUUCUGAAUCUGGGUGAUUUUAUCUGCAAAAAGCUUUGCAAAAUCGUUGCAGGACAUUUUGGAGUCCUUCUUGGACCUCAGUGGCAAAGGUGGCUCUGUUAGACUACAAACCACCUAAGAGUCUCCUGGAACCACUUUCUGCAGAUGCCGUAGAGACAGUGAAAAGGGUCUUCUUUGCCAUCGCUAUUGCGAUUUGGUAGGCUCUGCAAUGAGCUCUAACCUAUGUUCAGUCCAAUUUAGGACAUGUUUUCCCCCACCGGCGCCCUAGUCCUCUCAGAGAUCGUUUCAUCGCCUUCAGCCCUUGGGAAAACCACAUGGUCAUCCCAGCUCCAUGCAAUCGAAGAGGGCACUUCAGAGUUAACAGUCUAAAACCCUGGUUAACUACACAUUCCAGUGGGUCACCAGAGUAUCAGCUGAGAGGCCAUCAGCAUGGGAUAAUAAUGUAUCUCCUACCCAGUGUUUUUUUUCUGGGGGGACGCAGGGGUACACAUACUCCUAAACAUUUUGUGAAUCUUUGUACAGUACUUUUAUCCAUUUAGCUACUGCAUUUAUUUCCCCCGAUUUGAACUUUAAAAUGGUGAUUUUCUUGAGUCAAAAUGAGAGUACCCCUAAACAUUUUUUAAGAGGGGGAAAAAGCACUGCACCUAUCACUCUUUUGAAGCCAUUUGGAUCCGUUAAGUGGCAGAGGCAGACCAUUCAAAUUGGUCUCACCUCCCUGCAGAUGGGAAGGGUUGCGGAGAAGUCUAGUUGUACCAGGAAGUGAUCUGACCACUGGCACUUGUUUUGUUUGACUGGAACUAUCCCUUAUUUGCCAGUCCCUCUUCACAUUUUCUGAAGUUCUUGGUCUCUUCAGUGUCUGAAGCUGUCCAUUUCUUCAUCUUUGUUCAGCUUCCUCCUCAGAUUCAGAAGAAACAACAACAAUUAGCUGGCAGUCAGAACCUGAUCUCUUUCUCAUAACUACCACACAAGAACAAACCACCAAACAAUCCUCCCCAGAUUCAUCCGUGGAUUCAGAAGAAACAACAGCAAUUAGCUGGCAGUCAGAACCUGAUCUCUUUCUCAUAACUACCACACAAGAACAAAUGACCAAACAAUCCUCCCCAGAUUCCUCCGUGGAUUCAGAAGAAACAACAGCAAUUAGCUGGCAGUCAGAACCUGAUCUCUUUCUCAUAACUACCAAACAAGAACGAACAAACAAACAAUCAGGCUUCAGCCCUAUUCCAACAGAGUAAGUAUUGAGAUUCCCUUUGUGUAAACAUGUGAUAUCACUGAUAUUUUGGCUCAGCAACCUCUAAAAGGUUUUCAUUCUGCCACCUCCUGGUGGCUAGCAAGGCCUGUUUUCCUUGUUUGUAAUUCAUUUUUUAAAUAAAGUUUUCAAUUAUACAGUUUCCACAAAUAAAACAGCCACCUAUAAAAUAAUACAUCGACUUCCCUUCUUCUCCUUCCGUGGGUCUUUGAAGUUUCCCAUUCUUACUGCCUAUUUUAUUCCAACCAACCAAUUUCUCCUCCUUUUCAUAUUACCUCAAUCAAAACCAGACUGUUGAAUUAAUCCUGCUUAGUGUUUUCACUUUCUUACAAUUAUAUGCAAAUACUCCACAAGAACUUUCCGUUCCUGUUUAUAAACUUGAUCAUCUUGUUCUCAGACCCUGCUGGUUAUGCCUUGUAACUCCGCACAUGCCAUCAUUUUUAGUUGCCAUUCCUCCUAGUUUUCCUAUCUUCCUGAAGUCGUGUCCCUGGGAGGAGGAGGCACUGCCACUACCAGCAAGGAGGGAGGCGGGUGCAGCCCCCAGAUGCCACCCUUGAGUGCCAUUUGAGUCGAUUCCCUCAGAAAGGCUCAUGGGAGCACCGGCUGUGGGGUGUUAAUCCACAAAGCUUCUAUAUUAGAGAAUGGUGGGAAAUAGUCCUGUUUUCUUCUAUCAGCAAUUAUAUGAUAUCUGCUCAGAGUGGCUGGGGCAACCCAGUCGAAUGGGUGGUGUAUUACAAUGGUUAUGAUUCUGUUUCAUUUACACAGAUACCUGAUUUAUGGGCUUUUCGCCUUGAAAACCCUUAUCUUCCUGGGUCUGGUCAUUGCAAUUAUCUGGAUGCAUAGAAGAUACAAUCAGAAGAGACCUUCAGCUGCCACACGGCAAGAAAAUGCUGCACAGUAA